ACAUACACACACACACACACACACACACACACACACACACACACACACACACACACACACACACACACACACACACACACAGCACCGCACCACCAAGAGCCCGGUCGACUACACGAUGCCCGCCCCUACGCAGAUGCCGCAGUAUCUCUACAAGAUCGUCCCCGAGGCGCCGCCGUCGCCGCUGCCGGCCGAGUACCCCCUCUCGGACCUCGAUCGGAACGACGGUUUCAUCCACUUGAGCACCGCCGAGCAGGUCCUAGGCACGGCGGAUCGCUUCUUCUCCGGCGCUACCAGCCUCUGGCUCCUCAAGCUCCCCUACGCCGUCCUGGAGGCGCAAAUCCGGUGGGACGAACUCCCCGCCGGGGCCGGCUGCUUCCCGCACCUGUACGGGCGCAACUUUGGCGCCGCCGACGUCGCCGACGCCCGCGGUUUCACCAGGCCUGAGGGGCGGGCCUGGAGCGAGGUUCUCCGGGGGGGAGCUUGGCUGUCGUGAACGCAACGCAGCUUGCUAGUCCGCUCUGUCAUUGGGGGGUUGAUCACCUGUGGCAGUUUCAUACACGCAUACUUUUGGCUGGGACGAGAGAGAGAGAGAGAGACUACACAUGUUAGUCUGUAUCGACAGCCGUGUCAUCGCUUUAUCAAAAAGAGAAACGCUGGUUGAUGAAAGAAAAGAGACGCAUGUCGUCCAAAGCCAAAUGUGCAAU